AUGAGUGGACUGAGGUCUCCUGGGCUGCUGGGGCUGGUGCUCUUAAUGCUCUCGGCAGGAUAUUGCAAAGAGAAAACUGACUCCGCAGAUUUGAAGGAGAGGCAAAGUCUCUUGAAUCUGAUCAUGGAGAUCAUUCAGGAACUGAAAAGGUACCACCUGGAGAAGGGCAGUGGGUUGCAGUACUUCUCCAAGCACGACUAUAACUUAGAUCGAAGGGAAGUGGCCGACUAUGGAGGAUACCAGGAUGAGCAGAGGGUUGAAAUAGUUCCCAGAGAUCUGAGGAUGAAAGACAAGUUUUUAAAGCAUUUAACAGGUCCACUCUACUUUAGCCCAAAAUGUAGCAAACACUUUCAUCGACUUUAUCACAAUACAAGGGACUGCACCAUCCCAGCAUACUAUAAAAGAUGUGCCAGGCUUCUUACUCGGUUGGCAGUAAGCCCAAUGUGCAUGGAAGGAUAA